CUCUCCACAGGCCAGGAAGGUGGAGGCAAGCCCUCGGCUGCUGGUCUGGAGGCGGAGGGACUGCGGCCGGGAUCAGCCCCCCACGCUCAGAAUGCCCCGAGUGAGGAGCUGCCACUCUCUGGCCCCAUCCCCGGGGAGAAGAAGAGGUCGGAGGCCUCUGCAGGACGCGCUGGGGCUGACGCUGGGAGAAGGAAUCAGCUCCCGAGCUCCAAGGUUCUCCACAGAGACAAAACCGUGGCCUCGAUGAGACCCCAGCCUCGAGAGGAAGGUUGCUCCCUCCCAGCCAGAGAGGGCAAGACAGGGAAGAGGGCCUUCGCUCCAGCCCCCAGUAAGCAGAAGAAGUCCAGUUCCCUGGCUCUGGCUUCAGCGUCGGCUCCUGCUGUGCCUAACUCGGCCAGUGCCACACACAACCCCGUGCCCUGUGGGUCAGGCCGGGGGCCCUGCCAUCUGGCCAAUCUACUCAGCACACUGGCUCAGAAUAACCAAAAUGCAGACCAGAAGAAGGGGCCCCCGGAAGUGACCUGCCAAAUUCGGAAGAAGACUCGAACCCUGUACCGCUCAGAGCAGCUGGAGGAGCUGGAGAAGAUAUUCCAAGAGGACCACUAUCCUGACAGCGAUAAGCGGCAGGAGAUUGCCCGGACUGUGGGGGUCACCCCGCAACGCAUCAUGGUAAAGGGGGUUGGCUGGCUGCCUGGUGGGUGCAGGGAAACCUACUGGUUAGAAUUCGAGUUCUGCUUUCCCCUGUAGGUGUGGUUCCAGAAUCGCCGGGCAAAGUGGCGAAAAGUGGAGAAACUGAAUGGCAAAGAAUACAAGGACAAGCCUGCAGCCCCUGCCAGCAGUGAGUGCAGAUCCAUAGCUGAACCCCCAGCUACCGUGCCUGUGGACCCAGAGCCAGGGACUUUCCUGCAGGAGCCCCGUCUGGAUUCGUUUCCAGAGCCGCCCAUGCUGCUGACUUCUGACCAGUCCCUGGCUCCCACCCAACAGAAUGAGGGUGCUCAGAGGGUGGUGGUGACCCCACCACUCUUCAGUCCGCCACCUCUUCAAAGAGCCAACCUUCCUUUUCCCCUUGGCCAUGCCCAAACCCCCCAACUGAUGCCUUUGCUGAUGGAUGCCCCUGGCAGUGACAGCAGCCGCAAGGAUGGGCCCCGUGGACCUUGGGGGACAAGCAUCACCCCACCGCCCACCUGCUCGUAUUUGGAAGAGCUGGAACCUCAGGAUUACCAACAAAGCAACCAGCCAGGACCAUUCCAGUUCUCUCAGGCCCCACAGCCCCAGCUUUUUCAACCCCCUCAGCCGCAGUUUUCAUACCUUCCCCCUUUUCCCUUCCCCAUGCCCAGUUCACUGACACUUCCACCACCAGAGGACCCUCUCUUCACAUUUCCUUGUGGCCCCAGUGGUGGGGGCACAUCACAGGGCUAUUGUCCAGUGCCCCCAUCGGGGCAGAUGAUGCUGCAGCCGCCUACUGGAAAUAUGGGUACUGUCCCCUGGAGUGACCUCUGCCUGCCUGAUCUGCCCUUCCCUGGUCCGUUCUGCACACAAGCUCUGGGAUAUCCCCCGGGAGGAGAUGGCUACUUCCCUGAUCUCUUUCCAGCCCCCUGUGCUCAGGCUACAACCAGGCAGCCUUCACCAGGUCUUGCCCAGCUGCCUGCAGGAGCCAGGCUGGGAGCUGGAACCUCGCUGGGCAAGAUGCAAGAGGAGCAGCCUGCCAUGGCCCUGGAGCAGCCCUUGGUACCAGAGGAGGUGGGAGAAGACAAGAAGUUCUGUGUCCCCUAG